AUGCGUCUCUUUUCAACUAAAUCCAUGACUCAACCGAGCUUGUCUCGUCGUAAGCCCACUCGCCCCAAAUACCCCACAUUCGACUCACUAUUACCAGAUACUAAUGAGGCAGUAUCGAUAAGACAGGAACGACCGCAAAAGCAGACACAGUUACUUUCCACCCCAACAAACGAACUGGAUGCAUAUUCCUACUCUACGCUACCAGAAACUGAGUAUACACACUCCAUUCCAAUAACUUUCUCUCAACGCCCGACGUUUUCGUAUUCUCCAAUACCGAGGCGAUAUUCUACGCAGCCAUCUUCAAUAACAAACACAAUUUACUCUCCGUCCUUAAACUCAUCAUUGCCACAUUUGACUCGAUCUAUCUCGACCUCGACUAUAGAAACAGCAUCAUGCUGUAGUACUCCCGGGACUAUAACGAAUGGCUACGAAGAUGGAUCCUGUAAUGUGAUUGCAAAUGACGAAGAUUGUGAAGGAGGACAAAUACAGGAUAGUCGAUACGAAAAACAGACAAAUACAAUAAUAAACAAUUCUAAUUGCCUGGUCGAUGACUGUUGGUUAGACGUAAAAGUAGAGAAAAAGAGAGAGAGCAUAAAUUUUGAUUUGGAACUGGAGGAGUAUGAUGAAAUGAUUGUUGGAGGGGUCAGGUUUGAAUACUAA